CUCCGUCACUGCCCCCCCCCCGUCCGGCUCCUCCCGAGUCAUCGUGCCCGAGCAGCCGCUCUCCUCUGCGGGCUUCACAGACUCCUGCUCCGGUUGGUGAAACCGACGACGACCGUGAAGAUGACCCAGGUGUCUCCGAGCUGCGCCGACAUGACAGCACUGGCCCCUCCUCCCACGCUGCAGCUCACCAAUCGGCCUGUUUCACCUUCCGGAUCGCCAUCCAAUCACAGCAGCCCCCCAGACGCCCGGCCGCCAUUAAACAAAGAGCGACGGGAAGAGAGAGAGAAGACACAAGAGCUGACGGAGGUGCUGCGUGAUAAGGAGCGCCGGGUGCAGCAGCAGCUGGAUCGCAGUGCCGGGGAGCGAGGGAGGAAGAUGGAGGUGCAGAGGAGGAAGGAGCAGCAGCGCAGGGCAGCAGCCGAGGGGAAGAGACGGCAGAAGCAAGAGGCAGAAAAGGAGAGGCUGGAGGCCCUGGUCCGCCGGAGAGCAGGAGGAGCAGGAGGAGCAGGAGGAGCAGGAGGAGGAGGGGGGGAUGCUCAGGACCUCCUGGAGAACAGGCCCAAGCGCUGGACGUGGGGAGGACCACCGGAGGGAGUGGAGGGUAACCCUAAGACCCCGCCCUGCCAUGCCAUUGGCUCUGCUCAGCCCAAUGAGCUCCCUGCCGCUCCCAGUGCCAGCCAAUCCCGUAACGUCGUUGAUUUCCUGUGUCCACCCACAAUGGAUCCACCGAUGAACAAACAGCUCUCCAGCUCCUCCGCCGCCCUCCACUCCCCGGAGAGAGCUUCCCCCAACAACCACAGACCUAACAGAAGUUCCUCCAACCGCAGGAGCAUCGCUGGAUUCUCUGAAGAGACGUCCAGAGCCAAAACACCCACGGGAGAGACGCCGAACACACCGGCCCGUAGUUCUUCCUUCAGGGCCAACAGUAAAGGCCCGGCUACACCAAAACGGGUGAGAUCGAACAGGAGCCGCGCUCAGUCGCCUUGCUCUCCCGGACAGUUCCCUCCCUCUCCGCUCAGACAGAGAGCCAGCACCCCCGGCACUGACGACAGGGGUCACCCGGAGGUCAAAGGUCACAGCACCCUGGAGAGGAAAUCAACCAAAUCUGAAACCUCAGAGAAGAGGAUCCCCAAAUCCACCAGCAGAGAACUGAACGCAGAGUCUCCAGGGACGCCCACGGGCCGGAGUGUCGGGGGGACCACAGACGCUGAGGAGGCGUCCAGGCUGCUGGCCGAGAGACGACGUCUGGCCCGAAUACAGAAGGAGCAGGAGGAGAGACAACGGCUGGAGGACGAGAGGCUGCGGGCGGAGGAGGAGCAGAGGAGGCAGCAGGAGGCCAAGGAGCGACAGGAGAGAGCGGUGCGUCAGGCCGAGGAGGAGAGAGUGAGGAGGGAGGAGGAGAAGAGGAGCAAGGAGGAGGAGGAGAGACGACAGAAGGAGCAGAGAUGGAAGGACAUGCAGGAUCAGCUGGACAGAGAGAGGGAGGAGGCGUUCCUGCGAGCCCAGAAAGAGUCCGAGAGGAAGCGACAGGAGCGAGAGCUGCUGCACAUCCAGGAGGAGCAGGAGCGCCUGCAGAGGAAGAAGAGAAUUGAGGAAAUAAUGAAAAGAACAAGGAAGAGUGAAGUGGAGCCUCCCUCCGGUUCCCCAGGAGGUGACAUGAGAGCCGAGGCUGCCGCCGCUCUGGAGGAAGACGGCCCGACUCCGGCUGAGGCCCCCGUCAUCACGCUGGGGCCCCUGGAGAAUAGGAGCUUUGUGGACGAGUUGUCUGACGGAGUCCAGUCAAUGGACGUCAGUUCUCCAUCUGUCUCCAUCAGCCCCGUGUCCAGGGAGGAGCAGGCGAGCGCUCAGGAGUUCUCGCCCGUCACCGAGGGGACAGACGUCUGUCCCCUGGAGCACCUGAUGGACCUGGACCCCCAGGGACGAGUGCAUGCUGCCCAGACGGCCCCCUACCCGAAGCUGCAGGCCGGCAGCGGGGUCGGAGACCUCAACAAGAACCUGCUGAUUCAAGCGUACAGCGCCGCCUCUGAAUCCACCCAGCUCAUCCACAGCAUCGGCCCCAGCAAGCUGGACGUCCAGUAGUCGGGUCCUUUUCAGCAGCCGACAGGAACCAGAACCAAGCAAGAGACCGUCCCCCCCGUCUGCAACUACAACAAUCAUCACAUCACAAGGAACUGAUCUCUCAUCUGUAUUAUCAACCACGCUCUUACUGCUCAGCUUCCAGCCACAUCUUCACGCAGUGACUCUUAGAAACACAACAGGGUUCAACUGAAUCGUGCAAAUGAUGUGAAGUAUAUUUAAGACUGUGCGACCAAAAACAAGCAGAUGUCUAUUUGAGAAGGGGAAUUUAAGGAAAUUGAAAUUACUUUUAUUUAUCUAAACUUCACCUUUGUUCGUUUCUUAAAACUAGAAGCUUAACUUGUAAAGUUUUCACACAUUAACCUUGUUUUCAUGAACAGAUUGAACAUGUUUUUACAUGUAAGGUGUCUCACUAACGAGCUGUUAGUCCCGUCCUGUCCUCUGGGUGUGAACAGGACAUCUGCUCUACACCCGACCCAGUUAAAACCAGUAUGCCCAGAUGCGUUGCCUCUAACCAUCACUCGAGUAUCAUUUGCUUUAAUCUCCUUGCUUUUGUAAAAACUCUGUAAAUAGAUGUGUGUGGGUGUUGGAGUCCGUCAUGGUAGGAGCAGGGAGCGGCUCUGUUCAUCCAGAGCUGUUGUGUAAAUCCUGUGUAGCAUCUUCAGUGAGGACUAGUUAGUGAAGCUGUGGUUGUAGCUGUGUGGGAGUGUCUCCUCCUCUCAGUGUUUCUGAUGGAUCCCGUGUGUUUAUCUCACCAGCGACUCCUGCUGCUCUGAAACCCAGUGUGUCCUCUGUAGAGUCGUCCCGAUGCUGGAGACGAGCUGAUCUUAUAACCCCGCUGUCGCCCAGUAACACGUUGAGCCUGUAGCUUCGGUUCCUCUGCUGCUCGUCAUUUAGCUGAAGGACGUUUUGUGGAGAAGAAGACGAGGAGGGAAAAGGGAAAAACAACGUCUCGUAUUUUUAUUUGCAGAUCAGGAAAAUAUUGACACAGUGGGUUGUGUGUUCGUCCGGCACUGACUGUAACCACGCAAGCUGUGUUUUAUAGUGUGCACUUACCGGUAGUUGUGUGUUUCACUGCUCGCUAGAAGAUUACACCUGCUACCCCGCUCAUCCCCCAAACUAAAGUAUACCUCACAGAUCACGAUAGACUGGUGUUAAAGCAGCGUUCACGCUCAGCUCGCCACCUCCGAGGCCUUACACGCCCUCUGUGCUUCACCCUCAGGAUCCGUCUCAUCCAGCAUGUGCACUUUCACUGUUUUAAAGGCCACAAAAGAUCCAGAAAGUAGAGACACAACAAUGUGAGAGGAAGGUUGGAUUCCAGGCAGAGGCCCCCAGGGGCCCCAGAAGUGUGGACGGUCAGGGCUGUAACCGGGAUUAUAGAUAUACUUGGGUAAUAAGUCUACAUCCCCCCCCUAAACUCACACCAGGUUUAGAGCAUUUAACCUGAAUCACAUUCUCUUCAUUCAGCCGAUAAUUUGUCUUUAGCACACUCCAGUCUGGUGCAAAAACCUUCUUUCAGUUCUAAAUGUCAUUGAUUGAGUUUAUUUGGCCUAAAUCUGUCUCAACUAUUAGAAUCAGCCUUAAACAUGCAACGUGUUCAGUAUGUGUGUAAAUGUAGAAUGUAAACUCCUUCCCACCACGAUACUGAGGAUUUCCUCUGUGUCCUCACCUCCUUUGUUUGAAUUUAUAUAUCGUACUCAUUGGAUUCAUAAUCCCGUCUGUGAAUGUGUAAAGAAAGAUGGUGGUGGUGGAACUAUGAACUGUUUGGGAGCCGGACCUUUUCAGGGCGAGGAACCAAAGUUGGAUCCAAGUGCAAAGAGAGUUUCUGUAAAAAGCUUCUUGAUGUGGAAAAGGUUCUCAGCUCCUGAGUGUUUCCUCGUCACUGCUGCAACCUUCAGCUCUUGUUUUACAUUGUCACGCCCCCCCGCCCCCCUGUCGGCAUCUCCACGUCCUCCGGAUUCUGCUGAAGCUCAUUGUAAGAGAGUCUCCUGGGUCCCCUUGUAUAAGACUUAAAAAAAUAAAGGACAUAAUGUUUAUCCUCAUAUAACUUAAACCCUGUGACACUGCAGCUUGGUGGAAUAUAUCAUUGUAGACGUGGUGCAUGGAUAACUGCUGAAAAAGAACAAUAAACUUCAUCAAGCCA